UUGUAAUCCAAUCUGGCUCAGUAUCGCAGCAAAAAAACAAACUGAAAGUUCGUGUGUCAUGAAAGACGUGGACUGGUCGAACCCGUUAUCCUGUUGACAAGAAGCCGUGCUAAUGUAAUCUUGAAUAAACACAACUACUUACAGCGAUACUCGUUUUUUAUGUAAUGAAGUAUUCUGAAAUGUUUUUUGUGAAAUUCAAAAGAAUAAUGAAACUGACCUGCUGUUCACUUUGAACGUGUUGUGUCGAUCGUGAAGUGGCACUUAAUUCGACUUGUCAAAGGUGAUUGGAAAUCCUAAAAAUAAAACAAUAACAACACAUCGUUAUCAACAUCCUUCUGAUGAGACCUUUGACGUCAUCCAUCACUGAUAUAAAAGAGCUGUAAGCAAUUUCGAUCGGUUAAUGUGUCGAAAAUCUCGAACCAAUCAACUGAGAUGAAAGUCGUAGCUCUCAUUGUGGUAGCCGUCGUCUUUGCCCAGGCGGCAGAGAUCCCGAAGCUGAGGAACUUUAGGAAUCCGGCUGAUUUACCGCCGAGGUCCGUCCUUUUCCCACGGCCAAGCCAGGCUCAGGGUCCAGGCUACUUCAUUCCAAGUGGAAAACAUGCGCACACCUUCAGCACACGCGGCAUUUGCGGACAGGUAAAAUACCGGCAAUCGGAACGUAUCGUUGGUGGAGUAGAGGCUGUCCCCCACGAAUUCCCAUGGCAAGUGGCUCUAGUAGUUGAUAAUUCGUGGUUCUGCGGUGCCACCAUCAUCGCUUCCGACUGGAUCUUGACUGCUGCUCAUUGCACGGAUGGAGGCAGUUCGUUCGAAGUCAUUCUUGGUGCCCACAACAAGAACAUUGUCGAGCCGACUCAAGUCAGAAUCAUGGCCACCGAAUACACCAUGCAUCCUCGCUGGAAUUCUGCCCGUCUUCAGAACGAUGUCGCCCUUAUCAGGCUGCCUACACCCGUCUCUUUCACACCUGAAAUUGCACCGAUCUGUUUGGUGCCGUCCACUGAGGAGGAUCACGUUGGAGACAUUCUCUUGGCUUCUGGAUGGGGUCUCGAUUCCGACAGUGCGACCUCGACUACAGCCAAUCUCCGUAAAGUCACUGCUCCCGGAAUCAGCGUAGAAGACUGCCAGGCUGUAUACGGAAACGGCGUGCUAGAUUCAGUUCUGUGCAUUGACACUACCGGCGGUCAUGGAACAUGCAACGGAGACUCUGGCGGUCCAUUGAGUUACAUCAACAACGGAGUCUACAAUCAGGUCGGCCUCGUCAGUUUCGGUUCGGCCAGCGGCUGUGAGCUCGGAUACCCCACUGGAUUUUCACGCAUUUCCAGCUUUAUUGACUGGAUCGUGUCUGUGACCGGUUUGGUUGUCUAAAUAAAAUGUCUGUGAUUUAUUUGGUACGACUUGACAAGUUGUCAAAGAUCUUUCUUGAUAUUAUCAGGGCGUUGAGAUGCUUUUUGGACAUGUGGAAACCGUCUGCUAACGUCACUUGAAUCAAUAUAAAAUAAAACUUGA